AUGAACCCUACAAUUGGAAAAGAAAUUCCGCGCCUUUUUGAAAGCACAAACGCGUUUUCAGAAAUCAGAACUCAACAAAAAAUUAUAAAUCUUGGUAAAAAACAUGGUAAAUCUGGGGAAGAGUCUCUCCAAUUUUAUACUCGCGGUCUCAACUCUAUUAAAGGCUUUAUAACAACUUCGAUGAAUGUAAUGCCCGAACAUUAUGAUGCUCUCGUAGAAACAGUAUCUAUUGAGGCAGAAAGAUAUACUACUUAUUUUGAUCAAUAUCGAAUCUGUGCUCAUAAGAAGAUGUAA